AUGGCAGAUUCAAGCACAGUAUAUGUCAUAACGGGUGCCAAUCGCGGCAUCGGCCUCUGCAUGGUGCAGAGGUUACUCGCGCGGCCGCAGACGACCGUCGUCGGCACCGUGCGAACGGACGACGCGCGGGGUCAGCUCUACGCCGGCACGGUCAGCGUGGAGCGCGGCCCCGGGAGUAAGCUCUUCAGCGUUCUCCUCGACUACUCUGCCGGUCUCGAGGCUGAGGACAUUGUGCAUGCGUUUGAUGCGGCUCUGUCAGAUUACGGCAUCGAGCACGUGGACGUGCUGGUGGCUAACGCGGGCCACACCAUGACGAUGGAGGGAAUUUUGACGACGACGGCCGCGCAGAUGCGAGAGCUGCACGAGAUCAACACUAUCGGGCCGCUGGUGACGCUUCAGGCGCUGUGGCCGCUAAUGACAAAGGGGCGAGUGAACAAGGGAAGGGGGGGCAAGGGCGCAUACGUGCUGGUAAGCUCGUCGGUGGGCUCGAUCGGCAUGAUGGAGCCGAUGGCCGGCGGUGCGUACGGACCGAGUAAGGCGGCAGCCAACUGGAUCGCCAAGGCGGCGCACGAGCAGCUCGGCGGGGAGGACGGCAUCACGGGUGUCGCGGUGCACCCAGGAUGGGUCGGGACGCGCAUGGGGCGCACGGCGGCAAGGUCGUGGGGGGUGCCGGAUGAGAAAGGGCCAACGUUGAGCGCAGAGGAGAGCGCAAGGCAUGUGCUGGAGAUUGCGGACAGGGUGGAGGAAUUGGGAGGAAAGUUUGUGAUGGAGGGUGGUAAGGAGCUGUUGUGGUAA